UGUUAUCCUUACCACUUUACCAGCUGGCAGAGAGCCUUCCUUUUCCGAUUCUCUAUUUCCUUUCCUCAUUCCCAAUCUCCGAUCCAUCCCUAAAAACAACUGACGAGAGAUCCAUGAUGAUGAUGAUGAAGAUGCCUUGGACGAGGAAGAGCAGGAGCUUCCAUCUUCAGCUACAAGGGGCAAUUGGUACCAUUCAAUCUCCAUUCCUAUUCUUAUUUACCAAUUAUUGCCAUUCUUCUACUUCCACACUUGAAGAUGCACGCUUCUUGACAAAUAACUUCAAAUCUGCUUCUUUUACCCACCUUGAUGAUGCCAUUGCUUCCUUCAAUCAUGUAAUUCAUAUGCAUCCUCUUCCUUCUAGGGCUCAAUUUAGUAGAUUCUUAUCUGCCCUUGUGAAAAUGAAACAAUAUCACACUGUCCUUUCCAUGUCCAAAACAAUUGAAUUGCUAGGAAUCUCUCACGAUGUUUAUUCUCUUAGCAUCUUAAUUAAUUGCUUCUGCCACUUACACCUUGUGGAUUUUGGCUUCUCUGUUUUCGGGAAGAUGUUCAAAUUCGGAUUGGAGCCUACCACUGUGACAUUUACUACCUUAAUUAAUGGGCUUUGUAUGGAGAGUAAAAUGGAUAAAGCAGUGGAAUUUUUCGAUGAUAUGGUUGCACGUGGUAAUCAACCUGAUGUUCGUACUUUCAAUGUGAUAGUAAACGGAUUGUGUAAAUUUGGGAAAACAAACGUGGCUAUUGGGCUACUAAAGGGAAUGGCUGAUAGAGGUUGUGCGCCAAAUGUUGUGACAUACAAUGCAAUCAUUGACGCACUUUGCAAGGAUGUGCUAGUUGGUGAGGCUUUAGAGCUCUUCUCUCAAAUGAGGAAUAAGGGCAUUUCACCUGAUGUCAUCACUUACACUGGUUUAAUUCACAGUGUUUGCAAAUUAGGCCAAAAGAACCAAGCUUUGGCCUUGAUGAAUGAAAUGGUGGAGCAGAACAUAUUACCAAAUGUUUAUACCUUCAGUGUAUUGAUUGACGCUCUUUGUAAGGAUGGAAUGGUUUCAGAGGCUCAAAAUACAUUCAAUGUAAUGAUUCAAAGAGGUGUAGAGCCUGAUGUGGUCACCUACAAUUCCUUAAUUGAUGGUCUUUGCAUUUCAGACCAUUUCAAGGAAGCUUUGACCUUGUUGAAAGAAAUGGUGGGGAGGAACAUAUCCCCUGAUGUUUUUACCUUCAAUAUAUUGAUCGACACUCUUUGUAAGAAAGGACUGGUUUCAAAUGCAGAGAAUAUAAUCAAAAUAAUGAUUCAAAGAGGUGUGGAACCUAACGUUGUCACUUAUAGUUCAUUGAUGGAUGGAUAUUGUCUGUACAAUCAAAUUGAUAAGGCUAGAAAGGUAUUUGAUCUGAUGGCGACCAAUGAAAUAGCUGACAUUUUUAGCUACACCAUUUUGAUCAAUGGAUAUUGUAAGUGCAAAAUGAUAGAUGAUGCGAAGGAACUUUUUGAUGAAAUGUCUCAUAAAGGUUUAGUUCCUAAUGUUGUUACUUAUUCUACUCUUAUAGAGGGUAUGUUUCAAGCAGGGAGGCCCCAAACUGCACAGGAGCUCUUUAAGAAUAUGUGCUGUCAUGGUCACCAGCCAGAUAUAGUAACCUUCUCAAUUAUGAUUAAUGGCUUGUGUAGACAGGGGAAUCUGGAUGAAGCACUCACCCUAUUGAAAGAAAUGGAGGAAAGUCAGUUGAAGCCUGAUGUUGUGACCUAUUGCAUUCUGAUCAAUGGUAUGUGCAAAGCUGGCAAGAUUAAUGAUGCCAAGGAACUGGUUUCUAGUCUUUAUGAGAAUGGUUUACAACCUAAUGUUCAUAUAUAUAGUGCAAUUAUGAAAGGACUCUGCCGAGAAGGAUUAAUAGACGAAGCAUAUAAGAUUUUUAGAGACAUGGAAAAGGGAGGAUGUUUACCGAAUAAUUUUUCUUAUAAUAUCAUCAUUCAAGGAUUUCUCAGGCAUGAGGAUUUACCAAAAGCAUCAGAACUAAUCAACGAAAUGGUUGAUAAGGGGUUCUCUGCUGAUGAUGCUACCACAGAAUUGGUAGUACAUUUGUCGCAGAAUAAUGAUCUCAUUCUAAGCAAACUACGAAAUCGUUCUGAGGCUUCUAAAGCUGUGCAAUGAGGGAUCAGCAAACUAAAGAUAAAUCUUGACCAUUCAAUGGUGUCUUGGAGAGAAACUUGUUACAUCUGAGCUUGAGCAUGGUGCAGUAUCUCUUCCACCAGUCCACCGGGUCUUUUCCCGCAUGCCUGAGAUGAAGAUGGAUUAGAUGAACAAAUCGAGGAUUUUUGUUGAUUACAUGUUGUACACAUUUUGGGUUACUAUUUGUUUUGGCAUUUACUACAAAAAUAUGCUUUUAAUUAUACAUUUUUGUGGUUGUACUAGAUUAUUUAUGUUCAAUUUUAAGUUCAAAAGACUUUUCUUUUUAUUAUAAUUGAAUACAUUAGAUUUGUGGUUGAUUUGUGU